AAAGGAGCUUCUUAAGCAGUGCCCUCAUAUUUCUUCGCAUGUGAACAGGCAUGGUAUCUUUGUGUGAUUUCGUAGUGAUUACAGGAAUGACAUUCUUAAACGUUGUAUGUAAAUUUUCCCCGAUUCAUUUUGAUCUUGGACCAUGUUAAGAAACAGUGAGAUAAAAAACGAGAUAAUCUGUCCCGUUUUCGUCCGGUACGUUUUCCGCCGCUUCUGCUUAUCGCGAUAGCAGCAGACGACAGGUUGACCGCUCUUUCCGUCGCUUCUGCAACCCGCCUACAUCCACGGGUCUCUAGAGUGAGCAAGCUCCCUCAAUGAUGCUGCUGUUCCGAGCAUGGACUAUACUCGGGCUAAAUGUCUUUCUCCUUGGUGCUUUUUCUCUUCUCUUCCUGCUUCCACCGACCAUGUCCAUUACAGUUGAAGAAUCUUUAUUCAAACGGCUUCGGGUGUUGCAAGAAGGAAUAACUCAGAGAAGUUCCGAGGAGUCGACAGUGUACGAGCCGUCACCUUCGGCGGCCAAGGUAGUGACGACCCGGACCGUUACCGAUAGCCAGCCAGAAGAACUGGUCAGUCAAACUGUUUCACAUCUAGCUAGAUUUAUAGGCCAACUGAACAUUGGACAUGAUGAACUGCGGAGUAUGGUAAUUGGAUUAUUUGAACACAGACAUUGUCCAGAGGACUCGAAUCGGUGUAAAAAUGGCAGACAGUGCUACCAGAAAUUAAGAAUGUGUGACGGGUUUCCCGACUGCCUGGAUCUCUCAGAUGAAGAAGACUGUGAAAAUAAAUCCUGCCCUCUCGAGACAAUGGAAAAAUGUGCUGACGACAAGCAAUGUAUUCUCACUUCAGAUAUAUGUAAUGGACAAACAGACUGCUUAGACGAAUCUGAUGAAUUUCAUUGUGAUACAGACGACUGUGCAGACAACCCCUGCCACAAUGGAGGAACAUGUAACGACAUGGUCCAUAAUUACACCUGCACGUGCCUAGCCGGUUUUAUCGGAGCAAACUGUGAAAUAGCCCUGUGCCAUGGAGGGGAGUUCAUGUGCCUUGAUGGAUCGGAAUGCUACCGAUCGUCCUGGCGGUGUGAUGGUCUCCUCGAUUGUCAAGAUGGAUCGGACGAAUUGAACUGCAGCACCUUUGAGUGUGAACACGGUCAGAUUAAGUGUGAGAAUGAUAAACAGUGCAUUUAUCCUGAAUGGCUUUGUGAUAACUACACCCACUGUUCAGAUGGCAGCGACGAGACGACCUGCGUCCACGAUCCAUACAACAUAUACCUCGGCCAGGCGGAUGAUAACUGGGAUUAUUGCUAUGAUAUGAAUGGUACAAGGUGCCUCCACGAUAGCCUCUGCUUCUUCCCUCAUCAAGAAUGCGAUGGACAUACAGCGUGCCCAAACCGCAAUGAUGAGUGGUUUUGUUGUCCCGAUGGCCAGGCACCGUGUCAGUUUGUGGACAUGUGUAUUUCAAUAUCUGGUUUGUGCAAUGGUGAAUACGACUGCCCUGAUCAUAGCGACGAGUACGACUGCCCUGAUUAUAGCGAUGAAGACAGUGACUUUUUAUAGUAAACCGUCUCGUUUUAUAUUGCUCCCUCUCCCGUCUAUCGACAACCAAUCAAACACCUCUCACGGUUUACAGUAGAUAUAUACUAUAUCAACUUUGAAGUGCCACUCCAUGGGAUUGAUAGAGCCGUUGAAAUUCUGCGUCCUCUCUAUGUAUUUAUUUGUAUUUAUGAUUACAAAUUUGUCUGAGAGUUCCAACAUGGUAAUCGAUGCUGGUAUUGAUGAAAUAAAUUAUCUUACCUAGGCUAGCCAACUUUUUUUCUCGUAACAAACUGAUUUUGAUUAGUACGAUAAUUGUGAGUGUAAUGCCUUGUAAACCUUCGAAUGUAUCAUUGAUUUAUAGAAUGCCAACUUCUACAAGUAUUAUGUUAAAUGUGGGAAUACAUUUGAUAUUGUUCAUGAAUGAGGGAUGCAUGGGUAAAACUCGAAUCGACUAGACUUCUUGUCCUUGUCUCGACAAAGGAUUAGGCGGGAAACAAUGCGAGCCAUGUACAACUAAAAAAAGUGAACCGAAAAGGAAAAAUAAGUGAGCAUUUCAUGUGUUGUUAAUAUUCUGUAAAUCAAUGAAGGUUUGUUUAAUACAGUUAAGUUUUCAACUCAAUUUGUGAUUGACAUGUAAUUUAUUUAGCAUUUUGAUUGCUUGUUUAAAUAAUUUGAUUUCAUAUAUAUCCUGCUUUCUUCAAAAAGGCAAAAUUACAUUUCUACAAUUAUAAUAAUUAAAAUGGAUCAUGAGAGUCAAGUUGUGUAUUGCCUUCUUAGGACUGAUUCCCUUUGAAUAUAAAUCAUUUUUUAAGCGUUGACAAAUCCACAGAAUUGUUUUUAUGUAAAACAUCUUUAGUCUUUGCUCAACUAUUAUAAUUAUUUUAUAGAAGAUGAAAAGAGUACCAGUUAAUUAAAAGGUUAUGUUUGACGUCUAAACGUCCUAUUUACAGAAUUGCAACUUGCGAGUUCAGUUUUCUUUUUCAUAGACCCUGACAAUUUAUUCUUUUCUUUUGGCAGAUUUAUAACUGGGCUAUUAUUCCCGAAAAAAUGCCCAAGGUCAAAUAUUGUUUGACACUCAAACCGGUCAAAUAGCCCGGAGAAUAUUAUCUCUCUGACUUUUAUCACCGGGUAUCUAUUUAUAGGACAGUUAUCUUUGGAUAAUUACCCUCAGACAAAUAUUUUAAAGUCAAUCAUCUCAGGACGAGUACUCUCUAUUACUGACAUGGUGCGACCCUUUCCCAGUAAACUACCAUGCGAGGAAAACUUCAACGAUGUCGGAGCAAGUACUCCCGGACCAUUUAUCUCGACAGUUACCUUCAAAUAAUUACCCACUAACAAAUAUUGGACAAUUCCCCGGAUAAGUAAUACCGGUAAAAUAUUCAUCGGACAAUUAUCUCCAAACGAGUAAACCCGGACAACUACCACUUAUGAUAAUCAAGCAGAUAUUCAAUGCCAAAUAAUUAUCUUAAAACAAUUAUUACUACAAGACAAAUACCCCAAGGACAACUGACGUGUAGGAAACUUACGUAGAACAAUAAAUCAUUCCAGGAAAAACACCCUUUUGAAAAUGACUCAAAUUAAUCGAAAAAAGUACCUCAGAACUAUGAAUGUUUGGGUGGAGAACAAUCCGGAGCGGUUGUCUGGUUUGUCUUUAGUUGUCUCGGGAUUAUUACCAUUGGAUACAAAUAACAGUAAUGUGAUUUAAUCCCUAUGUGGUAUAAGGUUUUAUGGUAUAUUGUACAGGGAAUGCAGGAUUAACAUGUAUGUAUAUCCUUAAAUGUAUUACAUAAAAUCAUCUCGUAAUCUAACUACGGUACUAUCAUCUUAUAGAUCAGAUAAAGGUCGUUUACAGAAAUUAAUUGUUGCUAUACCGAAUCAUAUAUACAUGAAUAUAUUACAUACGGGAAAAUCCUCUUCAGUUCUAACAGUUACAUUUACAUAUUUAUUUUUUGUGUAUAUAUUGAAUUAUCAUUCGCAUUUUUAGUGCCAUAUAAUGAAUGAUUACCUGUCAUAUUUUAUUACCGUUAAUGGUUUUAUUUAUUACUAUUGUGUAAAUAGUUAAUGAUUAACUUAUAUACCAAUUCUCCGAACUGUUCCUUAUUAAUUGCGGGUAUACCUAUUUCACAGUUAUUCAGGAAGAUGCCGUAUUUAGGACACGACUCUACUCUUCAAAAGAGCCGUGUAUCCUAUACUUGCAUUAUAUGUACAAGAAAAGCACUAAACCAAACUGCCGAAGUUUCAACUUACUUCGAUAAUACUGUACUACAUAAAACUAUAUAAAACAAAAUGAUGUAAUAGUUAGAUGAGGUGAAAAUAUGUGAUCACUUAAAAAAAUAAAAUCAUAUAAUGUCAUUUUGCGGUUGUCCAGAGCUCUUAUGGUUUCAGAGUCAUAGCUUUGGAUAAUCUCAAUGCAAUGCCCGGGUAAAAUUAAAAUCCUGGCUGGACU